UUAGCCACGCGAAUCCCACGUGGCAUUUCCGCAGGCACGACACGUUCGCAAUGUGCCGGUGUACCAGCUUGACUUCCUACCACCAUCACCCAAUUGGCACUGCUCUACUACAUGCCGCGACGAUGAUUAUCGAGACAAUUCUUCUGCUCGCCUUCCGGGGGGCGUUGUUCUUCGGAUGCAGGCGAUAUAUUCUGCGUAUCUUGUACGAAGAUUUGCAAGAGCUAUCCUCUACUUCUGGGGAGGCAGAGGCUAUUGAAUUAUCUCUUCCAACGUCAAGCACCUCGAUAGUGCAACGGAGUCAGAAAACGGCGAAAGAAGAGAGGCAUACCAGUAUCUCCCACUCAACGUUCGCCUUGUGCUUCACAGAAAGCUGCACGUUGUUUCUCUUGCUGAUGUUCCAAGGUUUGAACAUAUUCACUCCUAGUAUCCGUGUCCUCCAUUUUCGCAUUUGCCUCCUUGUACUCCUUGUAAUCAUCCUCCUGGCUGUUCCCCUUCUCUUUUCAUACAUUAUCAUCUCACGGCCUUUACUGUCGUUUGUCCCUCCUUUGAUAUGUCUGUUUUUACUAUCAUUCAUUCCGCUACCAUCACCGCUCGACUCAAAUCCGGAUAUCGAUUUGAUAACCGCAUGCCUAUCGAGGCUGAUUGUCGUAGGAACUAUCAUUCUUGGUGCACUUUCUGGCUUUGGUGCGAUGAGGAGUUGCUGGCUAUAUCUGCUCGCGCAGGAAAGGCCCAUCCCAACAGAUCGAGAUAUAGAAGUGAGCACAGCUGCGCUUGCACGGAUCAGGGAGGACUUGAAGGCGCGAAUGGACGAAGCGACGAGGAAGAAUAGCAAUGAGACUGCACCAUGGUAUUCGCGUGUCGUCAAAAGUUUUGGCAAUGAUGAUAUCUCUCAGGAAAUAUCCGGCCUUCAAGCGCUUGAGUAUCAAAUGGCCCUUGCGCUUGAUGACAAGCGUGAACGUCAACGAGCAAAUCGUCUCAGUCGGACCCUUUGCGGGCGAGCAUGGAAUCUCGGCGGGAAGGUGUUUGCAGUUUACUGCGUGAUUAGGAUUUUGAGCUCAAUUAUCAACUUAGCGUUUCCAACCCUCAGGCGCACGUCAUCCUCUUCCUCGUCAGAAUACAACUAUCCUGAUCUCGUUGCAUAUCUUUUUUCGCUUCUCCUGUCUUAUCCACAGGAACGUGUUGUGGCAGUAUCGAGGCAGGUCGGCCUUGUCUUUGUUGGGCUCAUCAUAUUGAGCAGCAUCAGACUGGUAUUACGAAGUGCUACGCGGGUCCUGAGGGUCACAUCCCGGAAUCGCGGCGCAUCGUUAAUGAUGCUCUUACUGGCCCAGCUCAUAGGCAUAUACCUUCUCUCGACGAUCGUCCAGCUACGCACGUCAUUUCCUCCUCCGUCUCCAUACGCUGCAGCUGCGGACGAUGACCAAGUCCCUAACGGGAAACCUACGAACCUGUUCUCGUUAAUACCCGAAGGACAGGUGUUUGGGGGGUUAUUCGAUGCUUCGUUCCUCCUGGCAGCCGUGGCCGAGGGGGCAGUGGUUUGGAUCGGGGACAAAUUUGGUGCUAGUUCUGGGUACGACGCGUAAGGGGAGCCCUGGUCACACGCAUGAGUGCCCAGGGUGUAGAUGUACCCUUCGGAUGGUCGGAUGAGAGGCGCUUGUUUAC